AUGUCCUCCAGCAGCAAUGGCGACCUCUCCAUCCUCCAUGGCCCAGCUCAACCGGCACCCAUCCAUAAGACCUUUGGUUGUCUCCUCCGUGAACAAGCCAAAGCUCGGCCAUCCGCCUUGCUUGUUGCAUCAGAUCAUCAACAGAAAUCUUUGACCUAUGCCGAGGCCGAUUCUCGAUCUGAUGACCUCGCCCGUGGAUUCGUCGCCUUGGGCGCGAAGCAAGGUGACCGCAUCGCCAUCCUCAUGGGCAACGAGAUUGAAUACAUCGAAACCUUCUUCGCCUGUACCAAGAUCGGCGCACCCGUCACCUUAGCCAAUUAUGCAUAUAGCGAACAGGAGCUCCAUUCCGUCCUGUCAUCAUGCGGCGUCUCCAUGCUCGUAAUGGUCCCACGCUUCGACCGAUAUGAUUACCGUCAUUGGAUCCCAAAUCUGAGAAAGGGCAUCCCAUCUCUACAGAACAUCAUUGUAGUGAACGCAGAUAAAGAUCCUACUUUCCUUAAGCUAGGGUACAAUGGCUACCAUAAUUACGAAGAUGUGCUUCUUCGCGGCCGCAAGAGUAGCUUUGACCUGCUCGCCAUGGAAACCAAGAUCCACGCCAGAGACGUGAUGAAUCUCCAAUUCACCAGCGGCUCAACAGGCCUCCCCAAAGCCUCUGCUUUGACUCACAGCGGCAUUUACAAUGCUGGCCGCUAUAUAGGCAGCACCAUGUAUCUCAAGGCGUCUGACCGCAUUUGCCUGCCAGUGCCUCUAUUCCACAGCUUUGGCCUCAUCAUCGGCCUUGCCACAGCAACAGCUUUUGGAGCAUCUCUAGUGCUGCCCGCAAGCAUCUUCAACGUCGAGGCCACGCUAUCGUGCAUCGCCAAGUACAGCUGCACCGGUCUGUACGGCGUCACAACCAUGUUCGUCGCGGAAAUGGCUCAUCCUCGAUUCACUGAAUUUGAUCUCUCCAGUCUACGCUUUGCAAUCUUAUCUGGAUCUGCCGUCCCCGAGCCACUCAUGCGCAAAGUCUGGUCCGCCUUCGGCAUUACCCAGACACACACCAACUGGGGCCUCACCGAAGCCUCAUCCAUCGUCACUAUGACCCGAGAUUCUGACACUAUCGCUCAGCGAACUAUCACCUCUGGCCGCCUCUUCCCCGGCUUCUCUGCCCGAAUUGCCGACCCGUCUACCGGUAAGACGGUUCCUCGAGGUCAGCGAGGCGAAAUCGCCCUCCACGGCAACGGCAUACAGGCCGGGUACUAUGGGAAUCCGGAGCGUACCGCAGAGGCUCACCGGAUCUCUCCUGAAGACGGUCAAGAAUGGUUCCAUACCGGCGACGAGGGCUAUUUUGAUCCUGAUGGCUUCUUUGUCAUCACCGGCCGCAUUAAGGACAUGAUUAUCCGCGGUGGCGAGAACAUUUCACCCCUGGAGAUUGAAGAGCGUCUUGCCGCGCAUCCAUCCAUCGCACAAGCCUCUGUCAUUGGCGUACCAGACGCCAAAUACGGCGAGCAAAUCUGCGCGUUUGUCGAGCCCACGGGCACAGACCUAGAUAGGCCCUCAGACGACGAGCUACGGGAGUGGGUAGCCCAAACCUUGGCGCAUUUCAAGCGGCCGCGAUAUAUCGUUUGGCUGGGCUCGCAUCCAGCUUUUCAGGCGUGGCCCAAGACGGCGAGCGGGAAGCUGAGAAAACCUGAUUUACGUAACAUUGCGGCGGAGAUGAUGAAGCAGGAGGCAAUGAAGACGGAAGUACAGCAUCAGGAGGUUAUAAGGGCGAGAUUAUGA